UUCGCUUGAUUGUUCACUAGUUCAUGUGCCAUUGUUCACUGGAUUGGACGAGAAUUGGUCAAUAUGRUAUUUAUCGCAUGACACGUCUUUAUCGGCUCAUGUUGACUUGCUUGUUCUWAAGCAUUUUCAUGAACUGGCAGUACCAUAUCUAUACAUAGUCUCAGCAAUAUUUUCUCAGCAUCAGCUCAGCUGUACAUCAGUGUUUUCGCCAGAGGGAGUGAUGAGCAUAGAGCAAGAUUACAGAGCUUUAUUGCUCGAUAUAUCGCGUGAAAUAACGCUAAGAGAACUUGAGGAAAUGAAGUUCUURUGUGUUGAUAGGAUACCUGAAAGUCGUCAAGAAGGUGCGAAAACUUUGGAUUUCUUUCGCGAGCUUGAGAAACAAACUGUGCUGAGGAGUGAUAAUCUUGGUUUUCUGGUUUACAUGCUUGAGAUAGUAAAGAGACCGGAUCUUGUUUUUCGGUUGAGAAGYUUUCAACUUUUUCAACGGGCAUACUUUGAACAGCUUGACGGAAGAAAUGCUGGUGKGACUGCACAUUAUCAAGAAACUGUCCAGCAAAACAACAACAAUUCCAAAAUAAACAACAGUGAAUUYCCAUCGUCAAAUGAUUGUCGUUCACCAUCGAGUGAAGAUCAGUCAUCAUGCAAAGCAGAGCAAACUGCAGAAGUUGCUGUAAGAUGCGUCGUGAAAUUGGCGUCCGUGGGAGCCUGGUUAGCAGGAUCUGCGUACAUCUUAAACAAGUACCGAGAGGAUCCUGAUGCCUUGGUGAAUCUGAUAACCAAAGCUGUACUGCCAUCAGGGAUCGCUAUUCGAUACAUAGUCGGUGGGUCUGUAAAGUUGGUUUUAUGGGCAACAGAUCUGUGCGCACUCAAAGAAUUAUGGAAUAGGUACAACUCCAAUCAACUGCGUAAAGAUUUGGAAAAAGUACUCGUUACAGAGGACUUGGYGAAAUUAGCUGAAGGUGAAACAAUCGAGUUCAGUGUUGAAAUGGAUGARAAUGAAUACAGGCAUGSCUGUCUCGAYCUGGUAGUUGCCUACAAUAAAGCCCAAAGGAAAGUGGCUGCCAGAUUCUCGGCAAAGCCUCGGAGAUCCUCCUCGUUACCGGAUAUGACGUCAGUAUGCAUUCAAUCAUCCUCAGUACAAUCGCAAGCCCAAAAGUGCGCAAGCCCAAAAGUGUCGUUGGUCGCACRUCCUUGGAAACCUACGCAUCUGGGCGAAUGGAGGAGCAGUUCUUCGGCUUCCUCGGGGCAGUUUAGUAGUAGUAGUGUAUGCAGUGAAUCUGGUGACGACCGCCAUGUUUAUCUAAAUGAUUUCCUUCAAAAUAUCGAAAAAGUACAAGACAUUUGUGCGAUUUUAGACCGCGAAAUGAUUCUCUGUCACGACUGGAGGAGUCUUGCCUCGGAAUUUGGUUACAAGAUGAAAGAUAUUUGYCUCUUGGAAAUAAAAAAAUCGCCUUCAAUGGCUCUGUUACAAGAUAUUACCCACAAAUCACCAGAUGCGAGAUUAUCAGAGCUAAUCGAUAAAUUGUCGUAUUUAGAACGGGAUGAUGUCGUCGAUCAAAUACUGGGUAGCACAGACAAUAACAUUCCAGAAUCACUGGUCAACCUGCCAUUCAUUGUCAGGAAAAAGAUUGCUCUAGAGCUUGACCAUGCUACAAUAGCUCAAUUCACUGAAGUGGUUCAUAAACUAGCAUCAUCUGUUAGCUCUGCUGAAAUAAUGGCCCUUCAAAAACGUUCCUCUCCAACUAUGGCCCUUUUAGAGGAACUAGAAACGGCUUAUCCAUCACUUCACAUAUCGCAUCUUCAAGAAGCAUGUAAGGGGCACGUUGGCGGUGUAGAAGUGAYAUUGAAGGAAUACACAAAAACUUUAAAACAUAGAAAAUUGAAACUCAGCACAAAGGCGAAAAGGAUGGAAAGUUUAAAAAAACUGGAGCGUGUAGGCGGUGAUUCUGGGGUCAGUUUGGGAGCACCCAUGUCACCAUGAAUAAGUAAUCGUCGAUCAUGCAAUGGACAGUAAUUCAAAUGGAUACCAGCAAGAUUAUUGUACAUUCAGAAAUGACUUUUUUUUUCCAGGAGAGGAAAGGCUCUAUAAACCUUUUUCMCAGGAAACUCAAAAUUUCUAUAACUAAAAAACAUUUCUCUGAACAUUGAAUUGAGAUAUGGCACAUAUUUGRACAGAACAGCUUGUUUUGACAAGAACGCUUUUAUAAGUAAGUCUUUUAAUUGCGUUAAUGUUGUGCAUGUAUAUUGAAAAGUGAUGCAAACGUGCGUGAUAUUAGAAAAGUAAAAAAAAAAUGUUCUGGCCUCUUUUGGUCAAUCUU